AUGAGUCCCGCAAAUAUCCCGUUAUGGGCCCGAGACACCGCUAGCGACCUUGAAUCGGUACCCUCGACAUUUUCCAGCUGGGACAAAUGUAUGUCCAAGACUUACUGCAAAUGGCCCGUUAUCGCCGCUAUCAUCGUCGGAUCCGUGAUCCUUUUCGCUGUUUUGGCAUGCGUGAUCAAUUGCGCAUGCUGCGGCUACCAAUGCUGCAAGUGUUGCUGUAGCUGCUGCUGUCCAUCCGGCAGGCGCAGAAAUAAGCAACCCAAGCAACCAAAGCACUUCGAUUCCCCUGCAUAUCACCAGCCUCCGCUGCCGGACGCGAACCCCGUCUACAAAGCACCUCCUGCUCCACCUUCCUAUCGCGGCGCACAACAAACUGCACGAUUCGAUGCGCCCAAGUCUCCCUCUGCUACGGUCGCCACCGCCAAUGAUGAUGCUCUGCCUGAGAUGCCUACUUGGGCGGGCGCCGUCAACAAGCAUGUCGAAGACCCGAAUCACCAUGAUGACGUUGAAAUGGAGCCUUUGAACCUUCCAGACAGAAAGGGCGCUGGAACCCCCGGUGUUGCUUACUCGGAUUACUCGCCGAAUCCGUCCAUGGCCGCUGGAGCCUACAGAGGCUUUGGACCUACGGAUCCCUAUGCGCGACGCUCGCCCGCCCCCGCGGCUGCUUUGGCUGCGACCCAGGAUCCAUAUGGGCGUCGUUCUCCUGGUGUGACAUCUCCCGGUGGGCCUCUGGAUCCAUACGCUAGAAGGUCCCCCGGCCCAGCAGUAGCACUCGCCGCAAGCCAAGACCCAUAUGGCCGCCGCUCACCAGGCGUAGCCACAGCGUUGGCUGCUACACAAGAUCCCUACGGACGACGCUCACCAGGCCUGACAUCGCCCGCAGGACCGCCAAUCCACAAUCCCUACCAACAGUCCUACGACGACCAGUCCAACUACGGCGCCAACCAAUACCACGCCGUCACAUCUCCCUCCCCUGUGGCCGCCUACAAACCCCACACAAACUACAGCCCCGUGCCAAUGUCCUUCACUCCCUCUGCGGAAAUGGAUCACGGCGCAGGCGCCGCUCCUUCGGGCUUUACGCGCCAGCCCUCUUUCGGCUCGAGCCAGUAUCCGCCUACCUAUACCUCUCAGCCUCCUUCCGCGUACAGGGCUUUCUCUCCCUCGUCUGCUUCCCCGCCUCCUUCUUUCCCUGCUCCUUCGCCUUCGGAGUACGCCCCUUAUAACCCCCAUGCCCUAUCCGCACAGCCUGCCCCCGAGCCGGAAUCUAUGAGACCUCCUAGUUUGUUGCAGAGUGGGCCUAAGCCUAAUGCUUCGCACAACUUCUGA